AUGCACAUGCUAAUCUUCUUCCUCCUUUUCAUUUUUGCCUCAAUUUCAUUUGCUUUUGCGGUGACAGACACACUACCAGAAAGAUCUUCACUUUCGGUAGAGAAACCAAGCGAAACGCUGGUUUCAGCCAAUGGAGACUUCUCCGCUGGCUUCUUUCAAGUCGGAAACAACGCCUUUUGCUUCUCCGUGUGGUUCACAAGGUCCAAACCACCCACCGUUACAUGGAUGGCAAAUCGCGACGAACCCGUCAACGGCAAAGGCUCAAAACUCUCACUUUGGAAGAACGGCAACCUCGUUUUGAUCGACGCAGAAAGAACCACUAUCUGGACCACCGGUACCUGCUCCCCCUUCGAAUCACAUCUGAAACUGCUUAACAACGGCAACCUCAUACUCCUCACUUCACAAUCCACUAUCGUUUGGCAAAGCUUUGAUUCUCCAACAGAUACCCUUCUUCCUGGCCAAGCAGUAACAGAACAAGCAAGCCUUGUUUCAUCAAGAAGCACAACAAACUAUUCCUCUGGUUUCUAUAAACUUUACUUCGACAACGACAACGUUCUUCGUUUGCUUUACAAGGGUGCUACUUUGUCUAGCGUGUACUGGCCAGAAACGUGGAAGCUUCCAAUCGAUAAUGGGAGGUCCACUUACAAUGUAAGCAAAACCGCUGUGUUGGAUUCCUUUGGACAGUUCUCGUCUUCUGAUGGGUUUACAAUCCGUUCUGCGGAUUAUCCAAGGAUAGUGCAUAGACGACUCAAGAUGGAUCCUGAUGGUAACUUGCGUGUGUAUAGCUUCAACGAGGAGCAUGAGAUAUGGGAGGUGUCAUGGCAAGUCAUUUCCCAACCAUGUACUGUUCAUGGCAUUUGUGGAGCUAACAGCUUGUGCACUUAUCAUCCUGUUUUGGGAAGGACUUGCUAUUGCUUGCAAGGAUUUAAGGUGAAGGAUCCUAAUGAUUGGACUCAGGGUUGCGAGCCUGAGUUUAGUCCUUCUUAUUUUUCUUGCAACAGAAAGGAGUCUAUGGAUUUUCUCCAUCUUAAAACUACGGAAUUGUUUGGCUAUGACUUCAAUGUGACCGCCGUUACAAGCUUGAAGGAGUGCCAAAAUCUGUGCUUGGAACUUUGUGAUAAAUGUCGGGGUGUGCAAUUCAAGUUCAAUGGAAUUAAUACUUAUAAUUGUUACCCCAAAACAAUACUACUCAAUGGACGGGACAGCCCAAAUUUCGACGGAGAGAUGUAUCUAAAAUUGCCAAAAGUGACUCUUCUCUCUUCUAGCGAGCCUCUUAAGCAUUCGUUCAUGAAUUGUUCCGUUGGUUUGUCCCAACGUCUGGAUAGAUUUUAUCAAUUGCCUAGAAGAAACUCCACGUUGAGUUUCUUGGUUUGGUUUGCUUGCGGGAUUGGGGCCUUUGAGGUGUCAAGCAUUUUCCUUGUGUGGUUCUUCUUGUUUAGAACAAACAAGCAACCUGAUAAAAUGGAUCAACAACAGCACCUCCUUUCUGCCACGGGAUUUCAAAGGUUCGCCUAUGCAGAACUCAAAAGCGCGACGAAUGGAUUCAGAGAGGAGGUUGGAAGAGGAGCGGGAGGGAUUGUGUACAAAGGGACUUUAUGUGAUCAACGUGUUGCGGCUAUUAAGCGCUUAAGCGAAGCUAAUCAAGGAGAAGCUGAGUUCCUGGCUGAAAUAAGCACGAUUGGCAUGUUGAACCACAUGAAUUUGAUUGACAUGUGGGGGUACUGCGUUGAAGGGAAGCACAGGCUCUUGGUGUAUGAGUAUAUGGAGCAUGGAUCCUUAGCAAACAAUCUCUUUGCUAAUGCACUUGAUUGGAAGAAGAGGUUUAACGUUGCUGUGGGUACGGCCAAAGGUUUGGCUUAUUUACAUGAAGAGUGUUUGGAGUGGAUUUUGCAUUGCGACGUGAAGCCUCAAAACAUUCUCCUUGACUCUGAAUUCCAACCCAAGGUAGCAGAUUUUGGGUUGUCGAAACUUUUGAAUAGAGAUGAGCGUGGAAGUUCUAAUUUUUCAAGAAUAAGAGGAACACGGGGUUACAUGGCUCCGGAGUGGGUUUACAAUCUUCGCAUUACUUCUAAGGUGGAUGUUUAUAGUUAUGGGAUUGUGGUGUUGGAAAUGGUAACUGGAAGAAGUCCUAUGGAAAUCCAUAGCCUUGAGAACAGUAAAGGCAUAGAGCAGCGAAGGUUGGUGACGUGGGUAACAGAUAAGAUAAACAUUGCACCAACGAGUGAGUUUUGGAUUGAGGAGAUAGCUGAUCCCAACUUGGAAGGCCAAUACAAUGUUUCAGAAGUUGAGAUUUUGGUUAAAGUGGCUUUGCAAUGUGUUAAAGACGACAUGAAUGAAAGACCGACAAUGAGCCAAGUAGCGGAGAUGCUUCAGUCCCAUGAAAGAAAAUGAAGUUCUCCCUCGUUAGUUAUAUCUUUUGUUUUGUCACUUUUGCCGCUGCGUACUGCGUUGUGGUUUUCUGAUUCUUCUACAAAUACGUGAUAUUUUGUUUUUGGAUAAUGUUUUGAAUAUAAUUAUUUGAGACAAUUUUUAAUCUUUUAAGUGUAAUUGAAAAUAAAAAUGACAAUAAAAUUUUUGAAGUGUACUUUGAAUUAGUGUAUAUUAAAUAAUAAAUAUAACUAUAUGUAAUAAAACAAUUUGUUUGUAUUUAUUAUAAAUAACAAGUGAACGCUAGUAAAAAAGAAAAAAAAAGGAUCGACUACACAUUUUUAUUUUAUCUGACAUGUCCUCUUCUACGGUAUUUCUUAAUUACAGCAAUUAGACUGUGUUAUACAAUUUGAUUUGGACGUAUUCUUUUUGCUGAUGCAAUGUGAGCGAUUUUUUUUCUAUUGUUUUGCUUUUUUGUUUUUCUUUUAAUAUUGCUUAUGAAUACGAACAUAAAUUCACACAACCAAAUUUUUUUAAUUUGAUUAAAUAAUUUUUAUUUCUCUCUGAUGUAGAAAAAAAAAUCAACAUAAUAUACGAAUACAAUUUGAAAAAUAUUAUAUUUGGAUCGUUUUCAUAAAAUUUUCUUUUUUGUCUGUUUCAUCGCCAAUCUGCAAUUUCAUCCCGUACUUUUCUUCUUUUUCUAUCUCUUUUAUUUGUUGUAAAAUAUAUUGUAUUAUAAGAAAAUAAGCUUUAUUUAUGCUAUUAUUUCUUAUGACAAAUAUUAUUUAAACCACAUUUUUUAUUCUCCAUGGAUACUUAUAACAACCAAAAGCUACUUAUGAUUUUUAUUUUAGAUAUUUAUUGUUCAUAGAUCCUUUUGCCUUGUAGAUGGCGAUCCUUUGUGAGUUAAAGAUUAGUGAAUUUCUUCUUAUUGGAACGGAACAAAGUUAGAUCAUAAGGAAGUCAAAACAAUAGUUUAUCUUAUGGAGGAUUUAACCUAGUUAGGCUCGUUUCCUCUCAAAUAUCUACAUAAAUCACGCCAUGAUAAAAGAAGGAUAUUUUCCUUAUUAAUUUGGGUUCGUUAGAAAUGAGUGAAAGAAGAA